GGAGAUUAUCGAGCUUGGCAGCCAUGUUGUGCUUUACCUGUCGGCACGCCCUCUCGGUGAGGCAUACAAAACAAGCAAUACGCCGCAAAUCGUAAAUUCAUCUUCAUUUAUUAUAACGGGUUAAUCGGAUGGGAAUUUUUCAAGACAUUUAAAGUCUGUGUCGUGGGAGAAAACUGAAGAUAUUUAAGGUGUGGGGCUACCAAGUUCCCGCUACCUAAUCGGCUUUGCCGAAGUGUCAACAUGGGGAAAUUAUUAUCAAAAAUAUUUGGUAACAGGGAAAUGAGAAUCUUAAUGCUCGGUCUUGAUGCUGCCGGGAAGACAACUGUAUUAUACAAACUUAAACUUGGACAAUCUGUGACAACAAUACCAACAGUUGGGUUCAAUGUAGAGACAGUAUCCUACAAGAAUGUAAAGUUCAAUGUUUGGGAUGUUGGUGGACAAGACAAAAUCCGUCCUUUGUGGCGGCACUACUAUGCUGGUACACAGGGCUUAAUAUUUGUAGUUGACUGUGCUGACCGUGAGAGAAUUGAUGAGGCCAGGCAAGAACUCCAUAGAAUCAUAAAUGACAGACUCAUGAAGGAGGCUAUUAUUUUAAUAUUUGCUAACAAACAAGAUCUACCAGAUGCAAUGAAACCUCAUGAAGUACAAGAAAAACUGGGUCUGACAAGAAUCCGAGAUAGGAACUGGCAUGUGCAGCCAUCAUGCGCAACAACUGGCGAUGGUCUCUAUCAAGGAUUACAAUGGCUAAGUUCUAACCACCGAACAUAAUGCAUACCAAUAUGAUGGUCAAUAUUUUCACAAUAAUUAAAAAUUAAUUCUUGAGUUCUUUUAAAACUGUUCCAUAUCUGAAACACUACACAAAGUGAAUUCAGGGAGGCAGAACCAGUUAGAAUUAAAACUUUAAAUGAAGCUUGACAUUUGACUGACAUACUGCUGUGUAUAUUACACAGUGUACUACAGUAAUGUAGCAAGGAAUGGUUUGCUAUUCUCUUCUGUAUUGGGACCAGUUUGAGGCAUAUGAUAAUUAACUGAGGAGUAAGAGAGUCAGUAAACAGCUAUUUGUUAUUCUUUUUGUCAUUAUUAUUAUUGUAGUGCAGCUUAAGUAUUUGGUGAACAGAAGGUGGCCUCAGAAUACUGUCCAAGUAUAUUAUUUAUUGUUUCUGAUAUCACUGAAUUUGCUUUUGGAAUCAAAGGGUGAAGCAAGCUUUGCUUUCUAGAACAACAUUUGAAUACUAGUGAAGGCAUCAAGCUGUAACCACCCUCAGCCUUUACUGAUUCUUUUAAAGUAUUUUCCCUAUAAACACUUUAAUGUUAUAGUUAAAUAGGAAAGCUCUUUGUUAAGAAAAUGAAAUUCAAGAAGAACCCAAACUGGAUUCUGGAAUAAUUUUAAGAAACAAUGUGGACACAUUGUAAAAUCUUAAGGAAAAUAAUGAUUUUCAGAGGUAAAUGUUGUUAAGUUACUGUAUUGUCUAAUUAUGUUAUUCACAUGAUGUUAAUAUUCAUUAUUAAUCAUUCUUGACAUCCUGAACUUUAGUGAGGACUAAUUUGAGGACUCACCAGUACUACUUUUUCUUUUGGUAGCCUGUUCCUGGAAUUCAGUCAGUAAAUGACGCUUAAUAGUAAAGAGCACAAAAGUAGUGGAGGAGUGGAGUA